AUGGAUAUUUUUCUAUAUUUCAUCAUUGUUGCAGGGAUUUUGCAGUCAGAAGCCAUAAUUAUCAAUUAGCCAGGAAAUUCAAUACAAAACUAAAUAGUUGAAGCUACUUAAUAUGCUUGCAAAUAAGGCUAUUUUUUUAAUGGGUAAAUUUGUAGUGAAUGUCGAUCAAUUGAAAAUGGUUUUUGCACCUGUUAAAAGUAUAGUGAAUGUGAUUAAAUAUCAUGUGGGCCUGGAUAUUAUUUGGUUGGAAGGUAUUGAUUAAUUAAGUAUUUUUUAGCUCUUGUGUGUAACACCCAGAUUCAAAUUGUCUGAAGGGAAGCUUGAGUUCUGAUGGAAGUACAGUGAUCUGUCUUCAAUGUAGUAGUCAAUCAACAUUAAUGGGUAUAUUUAGUAGAGACUAUUUUAGGUGGAAUAUGCAUAGCCAAUAAUAAUUGCUAAUAAUUUGAUAGUUUAACUGGAAUCUGCAAAUAAUGUUAGAGUGGAUAUUUUAUUUCUGUUGGUUUAGGGUAUGAGGAUAGUUAGACUGUAAGCAGUACAUAUUAUCAAUCAGUUAAUCAAUGCAAAUAAUGUUAAUCUAAUUGUCUAUAAUGUUAAAAUGAGUAAUAAGAUAUUAUUAUUUAGAUAAUCAUGUACUGUUUGUAAAAGUGGAUAUUUUGUAUAAUAAAAUUAAUGUUAUUAAUGUGUGAAUUAUCUGUCACAUUGUUUAACAUGUGAUACAGCAUCAAAAUGCACUUCUUGUGAUGGUGAGUAUUAUUUAAAUAUAAAUAAUUGUUAGAAUUGUUCAUUAUAGAUAAACAAUUGUUCAACCUGUUCACUUAAUUAAUAUAAUUCAUUGA